AGUAUAAAACUCAGAGCGCAGAGGAGAAGGAGAGAGAGAGAGGCGGAGUGAAAGCAACCGAGGUGCUUUUGGGGCUGUGAGUCAGUGCAGCAGCAACAGCCACCUGUGGGUUUGUAGUCUACAAGCGCAGUCGAUCAAGAGCGCAGUUUGGGUCGAGAGCAUCUACGGUCGAGGGUCCGCUGUACCUUACGGGGUGUUGCGUCGGUGCGCGCGUGCCAAGUAACAGGCGACACAUCUUCCAGAGACGCGGGGAGGGAGAGAGCGUUGAGUGCACGCCAGGGUAGUUGUGAGCCACAAGGAUACACCACGCGUGCACCUGGUGCUGUGUGCUCCAACGGUGAUCGCCCAUUUACGGUCACCCAUCGUCCGGCCGAGCCUCGUUCGCCCACUCCAAGAUGACUCUGCACAAGUCGGACAAGCUGCGCAGCCUGGAGAGGAGGCGAGGCAGCACCCCGCUGCCCCUGGCGCACCAGCGCCGACGGCAGAGCGCCGCCCUGCAGCAGCGCGCCUGCCCCCCCGACGGCCUCGACCCCGGCAGGGCGGCGGCGGCGGCGGCCGGCGCCCGGGGCCCCAGUGGCGGAGGAGGAGGAGGAGGCGGGGUGCCGGCUCGCUCCUCCGCGGCGUCGGCGUCGGCGGGGGAGCACCGCAGCAGCUGGUCGUCCGAGUCGGCCGACUCGGUGCUGUCGGGGGGCAGCACGGAGGCGGCGGGCGCCGUGUACCGCGUGCUGCUGCUGGGGGACGCCGGCGUGGGCAAGUCGAGCCUGGCGUGCGUGCUGGCUGGCAGCGAGGACGCCAUGGGCUCCGACUGGGAGGCCGACUUGGAGGACACGUACGAGCGGACCGUGUCUGUCGACGGCAACGAGGCGACGGUCGUCAUCCUCGACACGUGGGACCAGGAUGAGAGCGCGUGGUUCCGCGAGCAGAGCCUCCAGCUGGGCGACGCGUUCCUGCUCGUCUUCUCGGUGACGGAGCGCUCGUCGCUGGACCGUGCCGCCGAGCUGGGCUCGCUGGUGCGCCGGGCGCGGCCGCACCCCCGCACCGCCGCCCUCAUCCUCGUGGGCAACAAGAGCGACCUGGCGCGCUCGCGAUAGGUCUCCGUCUAUGAGGGCCGAGCCGUGGCGCUGCUGCUCGACUGCAAAUUCAUCGAGACGUCCGUGCCGCUCCACCACAACGCCGAGGAGCUCCUGCACGGCGCCGUGCGCCAGGUCCGCCUGCGCCGCAGCGGCCGCGGCGGCUCCGCCGGGCCCGCCGAGGCCGGCCCGGGCGGGGCCCGGGACGGCGACGCGUCCGGAGCCGCCGGCGCCCGGAGGCCCAGCCUGGGCGAGCGGGCCCGUAGGCUGCUCGGACGCUUCGGGAGGCUGUCGUCGGUGAGGGCCAAGUCCAAGUCGUGCCACGACCUCUCCGUCCCGUAGAGGGGCGGCGGGAGGCGGGCAAGCGCACGCCAGCAUGGGGGGAUGCGUCGUGCGCGCGCACACGUGGACGCGCUUGGAGAAUGCAGGGGACACACGGGGAGACGCGGAGAUGCAGGGAGACACUUGGGGAAACAUAACACGCACGGGGGGUGGGGGGGGGGGACACGGGGACGCGUCGGGGACAAACAUACGCACGCGCACACACAUCCUGGGGGGGGGGGGCAGGUGGGAAAAGCCAGUGUGUGGACACACGCGCGUGCGGACGUGCAGACGGAUGCGUGAGCGCGUGCCGGUGAGCUCGCCCGCCGGCGUGCGCUGGGACGCGCAGAUUCACACAGACGCGGGGGAUGCAAGGGAUGUGCGGGCGACGCUGACGAGAGGACGCAGGGCGCUCGCGUGCGCAAUGAGCACCAAGGUCCCCCCCCCCCCCCAUAUCGGGGCCUGCGCCGUUUGCGAGCACCCCCGGCACGGCGCUUGAGGGGGCGCUCGCGUGGGACGGUGCCGCGUUCGUUCCACUGUUUUUUCGUCUCGCCCAGCGCCGACGUUUGCGCGUUGCGCCAGGCAGUCACUUUGGGCUCCGUCAACUUUGGGGAGACGCCGAAGGCCGACGUCGCCCCUCACCGUAGUUAGCCACGGCCAGGAAUCAAACUCAGGUCAUGAACCACUGUGCCCCCCCCCCUUCCCCCCCCCCCCACAAUUACAAAUGCACGGCAAUGAGGCAUCACGUGUGCACGCACGAUUAUAAUAACAUUUUAAACGCCCCUAAAAAAAAUACAAUAUAUCUCAUUGCUAUGAAAGUUAAUAGAUGUACACUGCAUGCGGGUUUUAUUUACGUCGGAUUAUUUUCUACAUUCUUUUAUAAGAACCACAAGACGUAUUGGUGUUCGAAUUUCAAAACUUUUACAUUUAUACGUUUUCAGUGAAAAAAAAUAAUAAUAAACACUGUAGAUUAUUGAGUGGCCCUUUGGGUCCCAAUAGCCUGCUUGGAUGUGAAACGCGUUUAUAAUUUAAUAUGGGAAACACAAAUAUCUCGGGUUAUUUUUUUUUACAUCUUUGCCUUCCCCCCCCCUCCCCCCGUCUGCCUGUCCUCUUGAACUUGCCCAAAUUGAACCCUUUUUGGUUCAACCUGUUGCUCUUUUUGGCGAGUCCACCUUUUGUGCUGUAGGGGUGUGUGACUUAACAACAGAUGGUCGCCAGUGUAAUAACUGGGUCCUAAUCGGUUACCUUUUAAAACAAAUAUUUGUCUUUAAUUAACGAUUCCACCCACCCACCCACCCAUUUGAUCCUAACCGUGCUUUUUCGUGUCACGUGACGAAACAAAUAAACGAUUUGCAACGCUUUCAGAGCAGUGCAGCCCUUCGUAUUAGAGAAGCGGCCCCACGGAAGCGGAUAUCCCAGAGCUGCUUCUGAGAUGUCUUCGAGUGACCCCUGGGCCGCACAACAGAAGGAUGCCACUUUCCCAACGGGCCGGUGACCUCCUUUUGUUUGCAGGCGAGGCGUCAAAGGGUCGGCGGGAAGAUGCAAUCGGCAGAAUGUGAACAGGGCAACUUGAGAGAGUCGCAAAA